AUGUUGGAGGUCGUUGAAACCGAGUCCAAUUAUGUGCCGAGUACAACUCUCCCUGGACUCAUUACGUUUGAAUAUGGUGCAAUUGAAAAUUCAACAAAUAUUACGACGCCUACAAACUCGUCGUGGCUGGAUUACGAUGCCGUUUGCACAUCAGGAUCGGAUAACUUUCUUUCCACUACGCUGUUCCACACGUGUGUGUUCAUCAUGUACAGUAUAGUUUUCAUAGUGGCACUUAUAGGUAACGGAUUAGUAUGUUUCGUUGUGCAAUCAUCACCUCGUAUGAAAACAGUGACAAAUUAUUUCAUAGUGAAUCUAGCAGUCGGUGAUAUACUCAUGACACUAUUUUGUGUGCCGUUUUCUUUCAUGUCAAUGUUAGUGUUGAGAUAUUGGCCAUUUGGUGCAAUUAUGUGUAAGGUAGUGAAUUAUUCACAAGCUGUUUCAGUGUUAGUGAGUGCGUAUACGUUGUUAGCAAUAUCUAUUGAUCGAUACAUGGUGAUAAUGCACCCAUUGAGACCACGACUGGGGAAAACAGCAGCUAAACUAGUGGUAGCUGGUGUGUGGGGAGGUGCGUUAGCUACUGCUGCUCCGAUACCGAUAGUAUCACAAGUGCAAAGACCAACUGAAUGGCAUCGAUACUGCGGAACGGACAUUUGCCUCGAAGAGUGGGAGAGGCCGGAGCAAAGCGAGCGUUACACGUGCGCGCUGUUGGCAUUUCAGUUCUUGUUGCCGCUCAGCGCGCUAGUUUGUACCUAUGUUAGGAUAGCUCACGUCGUGUGGGGUGGUAGACCGCCAGGUGAAGCACAGUCGGCAAGAGACAACAGGAUGCAACGAUCAAAAAGAAAAGUAUGUUUUGAUUUCUGA